AUUUGUCACCUGCCUGUACCCGUGCGCGUUUUGCUGCUGACACUCACUCGCGCGCACACACACACACCAUAGGAUUUUGACACCUCCUACUUGACUCUGUGCAGCAGGCAGAGCUGUUACCUAGUUACAAGCAAGAGACUGCGCGACCUGCGCUACUGUUAUAAUGCAGAGCUGGUGACUUUCAGUGCAUCAGCCAGUCCUGGAACAGACGGAGGCAAAACUCACCGACAGACACCCACGGAGGGAAACCGGAGCCGGAGCGGACUGUAACUGAGGCUCAGGAUGAAGAUAAAAACACAUCCUGACGGGGAACAGACGAAGUGUGGCCGCUCUGCUCGCCUUUCUCUCACCAGUAAAUCCUAAAUAUCACAGGACGAAAUCGGGCUCGGGAGGGAUCGCGGGUUGAAAAAGUCUCAGCAUUAAGAACAGAUGGGUGGGAGCUGAGACGGCAGAAGGACGAAGCCACAGAAAGAGCACAUCCAUGGGUGACUUCUCGCUUCCCGGGCUGGAGAUGACGGAUGAGAUGUGGGAGAACGGCAGCUUUGCCAGCCCCUCGCCUGGACUCCCCCUGUUUCUGCUCAUGUUCAACAACAGUGAUCUGAACGAGACGCUGUUCAACGCCACCAACUCCACCAACUCCACCGGCCCAGAUGUCCCCUCGGGUCCCAGCGUGGCAGGGGUCCUCAUCCCACUCAUAUACAUCAUUGUUUGUAUCAUUGGGCUGGGUGGAAACACUUUAGUGAUUCACAUUGUACUGCACUACUCGAAGAUAGAGUCAGUCACCAACAUCUACAUCCUCAACUUAGCCAUCGCCGACGAGCUCUUCAUGCUCGGCCUGCCUUUCUUAGCGGUGCAGAACACGCUGCAGUCGUGGCCCUUCGGCUCAUUCAUGUGCCGCCUGGUCAUGACCGUCGACUCCAUCAACCAGUUCACCAGCAUCUUCUGUCUGACCGUGAUGAGCAUCGACCGCUACCUUGCCGUUGUUCACCCAAUUCGGUCUUCAAAGUGGCGGCGGCCUCAGGUGGCCAAAGUGGUGAAUGGCACCGUGUGGGCGCUGUCGUUUCUUGUUGUUCUGCCUGUGGUCAUCUUCGCCAACAUCCAGAAGGCGGGAGGCACCUGUAACAUCGCCUGGCCUCAGCCAGCCAACAUCUGGAGGGCGGCCUUCAUCAUCUACACCUCCACUGUUGGAUUCUUCUGCCCUCUUCUCAUCAUCUGCCUCUGUUACCUGCUCAUUGUUUUCAAGAUCCGCAGCUCGGGUAAAAAAGUCCACGCCACCUCCACCAAGCGCAGGAAGUCAGAGCGGAAAGUGACGCGCAUGGUUGUGAUUGUUGUCGCCGUGUUCGUCUUCUGCUGGCUGCCCUUCUACGCCCUCAACAUCAUCAACCUACUGGUGUCCCUGCCCUCAGAGUACCAGUGCCUUUACUAUUUUGUCGUAGUGCUCGGUUACGCCAACAGUUGCGCCAACCCCAUUGUCUAUGGUUUCUUGUCAGACAACUUCAAGAGGGGUUUCCGGAAAGCGCUCUGCCGCUCCACAAGGAAGGUGGAGAACCACGAGCCCAUGGAGCGCCAGCAGCAGCAGGAGGAAGGGAGGAGGGCACUCAUGCCCAGGGAGAGCUUGCGACGAGCGAUCAGGGACGAAGAGGACGAUGAUGAUGAAGACAUCUCAGAAAUGACUGAGAUCUACAGAAUUGCCCAGAACGGAAACAGCAGCUUCCAGCCGCAGAGCUCACAGCCGCUGUUCUCAGAGAAAGGAGCAACUCCAGGGGCAACAGAGCUGUCAUCCCCAGACAAGAAGGACAAAGCCGGGGACAUGAAGGGGAAAGAUCCGGUCAACGGGUCUGCGUUGACUGUCCCAUUGCUGCUCAAUGGAGCCAAAAAUGGGAGCAUCAAAACUCUGCCAGAGGAAAACUUGGAACAGAGCACCUCAUUGGAAAUAAGUUAUUUAUAGUGUAAAAUAUGGACUGUAAGCUUACAUUACUUGAAGUAAACUCAGUAUUACAACACAGGGCGGCCUGCCUCUCAAUUUGUAAUACAGCAAAAACCCCACAAUGAACACAAAAAAACUCAAGACAGGGUUUAGAGUUGCUGCUUUUGAUCAAGGGACACUAAGCUGUUGGUAACAUUUUACCAACAUACAGAAUGUUUAUAAUGUGUUACUGUAUAAUGUGUAUAUAUGCAUGGCUGAAUGUACAAAUUUGUGCCUUUAUCUUCUGUUAUGACAUGUAUCUUGUUGAUCUUUGUAUUUUAAACCUUUUUAUUUCAUAAUUUACUCAAAAUUUACUGUAUUUAAGCUUAAGUCACAGCAACAAGUUACACAUUAGUUAAAGAGAACAUUAACAACAUGGUUAUCACUUUUUUUUAGAUGCCUGCAACGCCUGUUUUCUAUAGACAUUCUGUUUAUAUACUACUAAUCUGUUUUGCCAGUAAGGCAACAAAAAGGUUUUUUAAAGGUUGGUGAAAGAUUGCAGUUUGAUUUGAACACUGAAGGAGCCAUUUGUAAGUUUUGAAAUUGCUACAUAGCUAAUGUUGGCAUUAACAGUGGUUUACUUACAACUCCAGAAAAAACUGCGAGUUCAGCAUCAAAUUCCAAGUCUUUACUUGCCAUGAGCUGUCUCCAUUGACAGUGCUUUCCUGGAAAUGUUUUGCUUCUAGUUCUGUCACUCUUUUCCCUUCUACUGAAGUUAGCACUCUAACCAGCUAGUCGGCCAGUCUCGUCACUUUCCAAUUGUCUCCCACUUCAAGUUCUAGAUUAAACCAGUCCACAAUCUUUCCCAAACCUUAACCAAGUUCUGUGAGUGCCUAAAUAUGACCGUAACAACCUUCAAUCAUCCUGUAGUAGCAGAUAUUGUAGGAAAGCGAGU